AAUAUGUUCGAUUUCGUUCUGGUUUUACCGGUAAAACGGACGAUCGAGCAGAGACAAGCCUGAACUUCGAAGCCAUUGAAUUCUCUCUUCCUCUUCGUCUCUCUCUCUCUCUCUGGGGCCCUAAGGUUUCGAAACCCUAGGGAUAGCUAGGGGGAUGGAGGGAGACGGCAAAAUGGAGGACCCUCGGAGGACUCCCCAGAAGCCUCCGGCAUUGAAGAAGGCGAUUGUCAAGGCGCUUCGUAAGAGCGCCUUGAAGGGCCUUUUCAAGCCCAAGCCUCGCUUGCCGGCCGAUGUGGUCCGCCAAGCCGGCUCCCUCCUCUUGUGCAUAGAUUCCGACCGCGACCAGGUCGGCGCCAAGCAUGCCGAGCAGAUGGCAGAAACAAAUAAACUUAUUUGGGAGAUGAAGUCAAUUCUUUAUGGCAGUGAUGAAUCUGAGCCUGCUGCAGAAGCUUGUGCACAGUUAACCCAAGAAUUCUUUAGAGAGGACACAUUCCGGCUCCUCAUUGUUUGCCUUCCCAAAUUGGAUUUGGAGGCCCGCAAGGAUGCCACUCAAAUUGUUGCAAAUCUGCAACGGCAACAAGUUCAGUCACGUUUGAUUGCUUGUCGUUACUUGGAAGCCAAUCUAGAUCUCAUGGAUCAUUUGGUAUCUGGGUACAAUGAUCCAUCUGUAGCUUUACAUUACGGUGGAAUGUUGAGGGAGUGUAUACGGCAUCAAAGUAUUGCAAGAUAUAUUUUAGAAUCAGAGUACAUGAAGAACUUUUUUGAUUAUAUACAGCUUCCAAAUUUUGAUGUUGCCGCAGAUGCUGCAGCAACCUUUAAGGAGCUUCUGACCAGGCACAAGUCAACUGUUACUGAAUUUUUCUCUGGAAAUUACAAUUGGUUUUUUGCUGAGUUCAACUCAAAGCUAUUGGAAUCCACCAACUACAUCACCAGAAGACAAGCUAUCAGGCUAUUGGGAGAUAUAUUACUUGAGCGUUCAAAUACUCCUGUUAUGGUGCGCUAUGUCAGUUCAAUGGAUAACUUGAGGAUUUUAAUGAAUCUUUUCAGGGAGUCGAGCAAAAACAUCCAGCUAGAUGCAUUUCAUGUGUUCAAGCUAUUUGCUGCAAACAAAAACAAGCCUCCUGAGAUUGUCAACAUACUUGUGGCCAACAGAAACAAGCUUCUCCGCUUCCUUAGUGCUUUCAAACUUGAUAAAGAGGAUGAACAGUUUGAAGCAGACAAAGCUGAGGUUAUAAGAGAGAUUGCUGAAUUGGAACUCAUAGAUGCAGCCCAUUGAAGCAACCACUCUAUAAUGAGUUGUGAUGUGUCACAGUAAUUUUUAAAUGAGUUGCGAUAUGUCACAGUGAUUGUAUUUUUACUGUAUCCCCCAAACAGAUACCCAUUUCCCAUUCUCCUCCCUUGAAUUAGGCUCAGUAAGAACACUCACUGAGAGCUCUGUUGACUUGGCCAAAGAAUAUAACUUCAUUGUUAAAACGAAAAUUAAGGUUUUUUAAAUCGAAAGGUAAGGAUCAGCUGUUUUAGAAGA